CGACAUUGUAUUAACACAUAUGAAAUUGGGUCAUAUAUAAAUCUGUAAACACACGCUUUGUCCUCUUUUUAUACCGUUUGUCUUUCGAUAUUUACUCUUGAAUGUAAGCUUUGACGUUAUUCUCCACCAUGUCUGUGAGCGUGGUGAUCAAGAAUGCGGCGCGGACCUGUGGUGAAGGUCCGUACUGGGAGGAGUCAACACGGUCUCUCCUAACAAUGGACUGCUUUGACAACAAAAUCAUCAGGUGGAACUCGGAAACACGACACACAGAGACAGUUAAGCUCGAUGAGCUCUGCACGUUUAUUAUUCCAAGAAAGAGUGGGGGUUACAUCACCAGCCAGGGAGCUAAGAUUGUUCAUUUGGACUGGGACAAUCCUGCCGGCUGCACCACCUUGGCUGAGGUCGACCAGGGAAAAGAUACACGAUUUAAUGACGGCAAAUGUGACAAGAUGGGAAGACUCUGGGCUGGUACAAAUGGUGUUGUAAUUCAACCAGACAAAGGUACCCUUUACUCCUUCAGUCGCACAAGGGAAGCCCGUCCACACAUGGACAAGAUCACUAUUUCCAAUGGGAUCACGUGGUCCCUAGAUUGGACAAGGUUGUUCUAUGCGGACAGUCAUCCGAGGAGGGUUUGGGUGUUUGAUUGUGAUAUCAACACAGGCACACUCAGCAACCGGCGAAUCUUCCUCCAGCACGCCCCAGAGACUCUGGACACAUUAGGUUACCCCGACGGAAUGACCACAGAUUCUGACGGCAAACUGUGGAUCACCUGCUACGAUGCCGGCAAGGUUAUCCGUGUUGACAGUGAAACAGGAAAAAUCAUUCAAGAAGUCAAGUUCCCAGUAAUGAAGACUACUUCCCUGUGUUUUGGUGGAAGUAAUUAUGAGGAUGUGUAUGUAACCAGUGACAGGACACCACUAAGUGAGGUGGAAUUCCAAAAGGAACCGCUGACUGGUUCAGUCUUCAAAGUGAGCGGCCUCGGCAUCAAAGGCCUACCACAGUUUACGUACGAGGGGUGAAUGGAUCUGUCCUCAAGACGGCUUCAGUGAAGAAAUCAUAUGUCUGUCUUAAAGGGACAACUUGGGCAUGAGAUAUGUUGGUUUUACAUACAAAAAUGGCUUCCAGCAGGACCGCUACGUCCCCAAAAAAAUCUUUGAACUGCAAUAAACAAUGCACUAGAACGGGGUGUAACCAUCGGCCUGCCUGAAAUUUACAAGCCAUGUCAAAAACUGCCUCGUAACACUGGCGAAAAUCAUUAUCAGAGAUCAGCAUUGGUGUGCAAGUGGCGGCGCAUGGUGUCAAGCCGGGUGACAUCAUUAUCCUCCUGGCCAGGUAAAUCCCACGCCCAAGUUGUCCCUUUAAAGUACAUAUUCCAUUUAAUCAGUUAGUGUGAUAAGGUUGUGACUUUUGAACAUCUACAUGCGCGGUUUUCCCGAUGGUGGCGCCUAUGGCAUGCCAAAGCGGAAUGCCAGGAAGCCGUUUUGCAAUCAGAAAUUCAGAAAAUAUUGUUCAGGACCCUUUUUAAGCAGACUCAAUUUGAAAUUUACUUCACAGAAAGAAAAAUUCUAUACUCUGCCCAAAAAUCGGUCAGAAACAUUUUUUAUCCAAGAAUGCAAAAUGCGUCAGAAUUGUUUUCGGGCAGGACGUAUUUGCGGGCAGGACGCAAAUUCAGCAGAAUUCACAUAUGUAUGCGGAGAGAAUGAUCACUACUGGAGCACUUCUGAUCGCUACUGGGAACCGCUUUGAUGAUCGCCGCUCAGGCCCUCACGUGACUUUCGCGUUAAUAGAUGGCGAUGGCGAGGUUCCUUGCCGGUGCAAGAAUUCGUGACCGACGCAAACAAUGCUACAAAAAAUAUUGUUGGUUGCCUGAGACUAUUCAACUAAAAAAUUGGCUAAAAAUUAUCAUAUGUCUCCAAAAAGAAUCUUAUGAGGACUAAGCAUAAAACACGUAUUAAAAAUUACAUGUAAAUUACAGCAUGCUCUUGUAUGGGCCGUGAAAACCGCAAAAAAGCGGUCGUACCUCGAAUAGACGUUGGGUGGCGCUUUACAUGUUUUUCGGUGCGCGGUCGUGCCUCAAAUAGACGUCUUCACAUGUUUUUGUAAGCGGUCGUCGCUCGCGCAAACUUGUCUUGCAUGUUUUUGUAAAAGAGGACGUCGGAGAACGCGGUCGUACCUCAAAUAGACGUCUUCACAUGUUUUUGUAAGCGGUCGUAUCACAUAUAGACGUUGGGUGGCGCUCGCGCAAACUUCGACUCCGUCAGCGAUUGAGUUAGAAUCGCCGCCGGUUCUGUACGCCCACGAUAGAUGACAACGCCCAGAAGUUCGUAGCGAGAUGGUUCAAAUGGUUUGAAGCAGCGUUAAAAUGGAGGUAACGUUUUUAUGAUUGAUUUACGCCGUACCGUACUGAUAGAAUGGAAAAUGCCAUAAUGUUUACCGGUGUGAAGCCUUUCACGCUUUACGUACAUUUGUAUACGGUCGAUGCACUGACCGUGUGUAUCGUGCUGUGUUUGUAACAUAUCACCGGUUUGCGUCUUCCUCUCGCUAAUGUAUAGCUAUCUGUGCAUUUAAUAAAAGUUACAUGGUUUGAGAAGGGGUCUAAAAGGGGGGUGUAUUAAUAUUUGAAGGUGCAUUCCAGGUGCUUCGAAAAUAGGCUCGCGUAGAUCAGGUCGACCUGAAAACUUUCCACUCCACUAUUUUAGGUUUAUUUUCGAUGAAUGGGCUAAAAUAGUAAUGUUGUUGAGUCUCGGUUAGAAUGAAUCAAGUAACCGUAUAGUAUUUAGUCCAUUGGUGUUAUUGGACAUAUCCGAACCUGUUAUAUAGACCGUGCGAACGGAUUUCUGAAAUAUACCAUUAUAUGAAACCCAGUUGUAUUUUGGGACCAAAAAGAUGAUUAUUGUUAAACCACGGUUUUAAUCUGUGUAUGUUGACUUCAGGUGACUGUUUGACAGUUAUAGAGUUAGAAGCUAGUGGGUGUGAUUCCAUCACUAUCUCUCCGCUUACGCCAGAAGCCGUGUUGACAAGUUGGACGAGUUCGCCCUGCUGAGACCGAGAAGGACGAGGCCUUGCUGUUGACGUCCCUUCCCGUUUAUAGAAUACCCGUGGCGGUAUAGUAUUCUUAAUUACUGGCUAGUUUAUUGUUACGACCUGCCGGCUAGUUAGGACUAGUCUGUUGCCAUCUGGGCAGAACCGGUAGAGUCGAAGUCAAUUACAUAGUCCUAGCUAGCGGUCGGGUUGCAUCAGUCAGCCUGAGUCAAUAUUACGGACUGUUUGUGUUGUAGCACGUUGUAAGUUGUGAGAAGCAUUUUAGUAUAUCUCCCUUAGCGGAAAAAACUUGUAUCGAUUAUAUUUCCCUUGGCGGGAAGAGAAUUUGACAACCAUAUAUAUAACCUACUACGCCCUUCUACUGAUGUUCCGCGCUAGAAGACCGAAGUCUGCAAUCGAACACGAGACGGAGGAUAGCCUGCUGCAGAUGCCGGAGAAGAGACACCGCAAUCGUGUAAAAAACUAGUACGGAGCCGCCAGCUCUAGGCUGAAGCAUUCCCAGCUGUAGUGUGAAUUGUAGGUAUCUUAUGAUAGCUUGUACCAUAUAAAUAUACAGUCCUCUUCAAAAGUAAUUAACCUCUAGCAUAGUUAUCUUAUCGUCAUCUUGUCAAUUCGUUAAUCGCCAGAACAACUAUUUUAUGCAAACCUUUUAGUGGAUUACCGAUGCCCAUGUUUAUUUUAUUUACUCUUAUUUAUUUUGCCCUCUGGAGAAAGGAAAGUGUAUUGUUUUCUGAAAUAACAGUUUAUAAGCUGGUAUGAUGAAUAAUGUAAUUGUAGCUGACCCAAUCAAAUAGUUUUUGUUAUCCUUUUAGCUCAGUAUGCUUGGUAACCUUGGUAGCUGAACCAUUGGUUUAUUGUUUUCGAUUGCCUCCAGGUAGAUUGUAUAUGGGUCCUACCAUUU